UGGCGCCAUUUGGGCCCUCAAUUUCCUACCACCGUCAACCCCCAUCAUCCACGAUCCUUUCAACUCCGAUUCUCUCUCUUUCUCUCUCUCUCCCACCGCUUUAGAUCUAUCGAUCUGUUCCUUCAUCUCUAUAUAUCAACCGCAAUCUCGCAUCAUCUUCUCCAGAAAUCAUGAGAGAAAUCUUGCACAUCCAAGGAGGCCAAUGCGGCAACCAAAUCGGUACAAAGUUUUGGGAAGUUAUCUGUGAUGAACACGGCAUUGAUCACACCGGAAGUUACAGUGGAACGACUGCUGAUCUACAACUUGAACGUAUCAACGUUUACUUCAAUGAAGCUUCCGGUGGCCGGUAUGUUCCUCGGGCUGUGCUUAUGGAUCUCGAGCCUGGGACUAUGGAGAGUAUUAGAUCUGGUUCCAAUGGGCAGAUCUUUCGGCCGGAUAACUUUGUGUUCGGGCAAUCCGGUGCCGGAAAUAAUUGGGCUAAAGGACAUUAUACUGAAGGCGCUGAGUUGAUUGAUUCAGUUCUCGACGUUGUUCGUAAGGAGGCUGAGAAUUGCGAUUCGUUGCAAGGUUUUCAGGUCUGCCAUUCGCUCGGAGGAGGUACAGGUUCCGGCAUGGGAACACUUUUGAUUUCGAAGAUCAGAGAGGAAUAUCCCGAUCGAAUGAUGCUUACGUUCUCAGUUUUUCCUUCACCAAAAGUCUCUGACACAGUUGUCGAACCCUACAAUGCAACACUCUCGGUGCACCAGUUGAUCGAAAAUGCCGAUGAAUGUAUGGUUCUCGACAACGAAGCACUCUACGACAUCUGUUUCAGAACAUUGAAACUCAGCAAUCCAAGUUUCGGUGAUCUCAACCACUUGAUCUCUGCAACAAUGAGCGGCGUAACUUGCUGUUUGAGGUUUCCCGGCCAACUGAACUCCGACCUCCGGAAGCUAGCAGUUAACCUAAUCCCAUUCCCUCGUCUCCAUUUCUUCAUGGUCGGUUUCGCACCUCUCACAUCUCGUGGGUCCCAGCAAUACACCUCACUCACCGUUCCAGAACUAACUCAACAAAUGUGGGACUCCAAAAACAUGAUGUGCGCAGCAGAUCCACGUCACGGACGCUACCUGACGGCGUCCGCCAUGUUCAGGGGGAAGAUGAGCACGAAAGAGGUGGAUGAACAGAUGAUGAACGUUCAAAACAAGAACUCAUCUUACUUUGUGGAAUGGAUUCCAAACAACGUGAAAUCCAGCGUCUGUGACAUUCCACCGACUGGACUGAAAAUGAGUUCGACGUUCAUCGGAAACUCGACUUCGAUUCAGGAGAUGUUCAGACGAGUGAGCGAGCAGUUCACGGCGAUGUUUAGGCGGAAGGCGUUCUUGCAUUGGUACACCGGUGAAGGAAUGGAUGAAAUGGAAUUCACUGAAGCGGAGAGUAACAUGAAUGAUUUGGUGGCGGAGUAUCAACAAUACCAAGAUGCAACGGUGGAGGAGGACGAGGAGGACGAGGAGGAGGAAUACGACGGCGGCGUGGAGGAGUAAACUGUAAACUGGUAAAGUCUCACUUUUUGUUGUCGUUUUGCUAUGUGAUGCGAUUUCGAUUGUACUCUUUACUGUUUUGUUGGUUGAUUGAGUUUUUGCGUAUGAUCUUUAUGGGUGAUUUUUACUUUUUAUAUAAGUAUUUUAAGAUUCAUUUUUUUAA